GUAGUUCUUUCGCUAGUGUGUGUUAUUUAAUUGACAUUUGUUACACAAACACACAUAUGAAGGAAGAACCAAGAGCCUCGAAAAGAGAUGUAAGCGUCGUGCGUAUGGCUCGAAAGAGCUUACUAAUUUUUGCCGUGGUGGUUGCUCUAUUUGCCACAGGUCUGAGGUGAGUGCCAAACGCCAUAACCACCCCGAGGAUCCAAACGGGGGCCAAAGGCAACCCAACCUCAUCUUCAGCGUCCGACACGGUUGGUGCGUAUUUUAGAAACGCAGGGAGUUUUGUGUGCCCCCAGGAACGCUACUUUACACGUGAGGAAAUUGCUCAACACAUCACUCAGAAGGAUUUGUUGAUUGUCAUAGAUUCGAACGUAUUGGAUAUUAGCGGAUUUGGAAAGAUGCACCCGGGUGGUGCAAUGAUGCUCCUAGAAGGUUCUGGGGGUCAGGACAUGGAAGCUAUCUUUUCUGACUUCCAUCCGCCAUCGGUAGUGGCUUCUUUCAAGCACUUCUGCAUUGGCCGACUCAGUAACCAUAGCGGAUAAGAAUUGUUUGUGUCCACUUAUUAUUAUUAAUAACCUGGUCUGCACUUAGCAAGGCAUUUAUCCAUCUGUUUUUAUGCAAUUGAAGUAAAACAUAUACCUAUGUAGAUAUAUAUAUAUAUAUAUUGUUAAAGAAUGAGGGAGAAUAAACUAAAUGGCAUAUGCUGUCCACCGAAUGAGAACCUUCUGGUGUUGUGUGUUAGUUUCCUUACAUAACAGCGCAGAUUGAGGAGCUCUAUAAAUCAAAAUUUACUGUUCAUCCAUAUUAUUUCUAGAAGGAAAGUGUGGGAAAUCUCAAUAUUGAAAAAACUAUUAUGUCACUUCAAUGUGUACCAUGCAUGAUUUUUUUCUGAAGUCCCAGUUGUUCUGGGUUUCCUGACCUUCUCCUUUGUCCUUUUUUUUCGUGCCUUAUUAGAAGAAAAGUACUUUCACUAAUACCUUUUCCUAUCAUACGUUGCGAUUACGAGUAUAGUUAGGCAUUUUACCCUUUCCUUCCGCUUAUCCAACCAUCGAUGACGGAACCGGCGUUGAAGGGAACACUUUUGUUGCUCCAAAACCGCACUCGGUGCGACCCGGAGUCGUAUCGAGAAGAAUUCCUUGCCCAGCUAGAACACUUCCUGGCAUCCAGUACAACGGUAGCCUCGCAGCGUGUGGCGAACCCGCAGUACAUUGCUGUGCUUAAUUAUUUAACUCAUGUGAGUCACUGCUUCCCCAAGGAGUCUGAAUCGGUAGCCAGGACUGUGCUAGACUUGCUUCGUCAGUCUUGCGAUGGCGGCAUCCCACUCGAGCUACGCGAAGCCUUGGUCAAGGCUUUGAUCUUGCUACGUUCCAAGAGCCUAGUAAGCACGGACGAAACAUUUCCCAUAUUUUUUACGUUACUCCAGGAGCGUAAUAAGACCACACGAAAAUUAAUCCUUUCCCACAUUGUAAGCGAUAUUCGGAAAGCGAGUUUGCCUGGAACCAAGGGCGGUGCGAUGACACAUAAAAGAGCCCAGAAUUAUCUCUUUUCUGUUGUGGAGGAUGACGAUCCAGUGCAGGCACGAUGCGCAGAGCUUGUCAUGAUCGACCUGUACCGCCGACGAAUUUGGUGCGAUGAGCGAACGGUGGAGGUAAUGACGAAGGCAUGUUUUUCGCGGCAUACCACGAUUCUGCGCACCGCACUGCGCUUCUUCUUGAUGCAGAUGCCUAAGGGACUCUCGGCCGAUUACGACAACGACUCUGACGAGGAGACGCAGGACCCCGGCCGUUCCAUCUCAAAGCUAAAACAGAAGCUAAAGAUUGUCAAAAAGACUGCAAAACGGGAUCGUGUUUUGAAGCGCACGAUGAAGGGCAUCAAACGAAAGUACGACAAGGAGGAGCGUGAGGAGGAGUUGCAUGCAAAGCAGCAUGUCGACCCUAUUCGGCUGCUGCGCGACCCUCAACAGUUUGUGGAGCGACUUCAAUCUAAACUUCAAAAAACUUCGGAGCGCUUUGAGGUGCGCAUCUUGUACCUGAACGUCAUUGCGCGCACGAUCUCCGAGCACGAGGUCAUCCAUCUGCCGCUGUAUGGAUUUCUAGUGCGCUACAUGGAGCCUUCACAGCUCCACUCCACGCAGCUCCUUGCCCUGUCCACGAUGUGCGUUCACACGAUGAUCCCACCUGACGCUGUGGAGCCAUUGGUGAAGGCGAUUGCUGACCAUUUCGUGACGGAUCGCUCCUCGGCGGAUGCCAUCACCGUCGGCCUCAACACCAUCCGGGAGAUCUGCAAGCGGCAGCCCCUUGCGAUGAGCGAGGACUUACUAAAGGACUUGGCUGAGUACAAGAACCAACGGGGGGACAAGGGCGUCAUGAUGGCCUCACGGGCGCUCAUUCAGCUAUACCGCGACCUGUACCCCCGUCUGUUGCCGGCUAAACUGCGAGGCAGCAAGGCGGGGGCGCCGGAGGAUAAGGAACGGCCCAUCUACGGUCGAGAACACGUCUACCGCGACAUCCCAGGACUGGAGCUUCUCUAUCAAACGGCCACGACUUCUGGCUGUGAGAGUGAUGACGGUGGGGCAAGCAGUGGAAGCGGCAGCCACAGCUCAACUGAGGAGGACAGUGACACCGGGAGCGAUAGUGGUGCGUGGGAAACGGACACCGAUAGCGAGCUGGACCCGGAGGAUGUUGAGGGCGAUUUCGUCGAUGUCGCCGAUAGCUCGUGUGAUGAGGGGGACGAAUGUCCUCAGUUAGUUUCCGUUGGUCUCGGCCGCGAUGAGGGGCCAAAGGCGCGCCAUGCCUCGCCGUGCAAUGAUGAGGAUUCUUUGCGGAAGAAACCACGACUGGAUUCCCAAGGAGAAAACGACAGCGAGACGUCUAGCCUGGCCAUCGACAACAGCGAUAGCGAUUGUGAUGAGGAGGAGGUCGAGUCAACAGAAGAAAGUGGAAGUGAAGACUACAAGGAGGAGGAUUCCUGCUGCGAGGACGAAGACAACGAAGAAGUGGAGCGCCCCACACUAUCCGCUGCAUUGGUCGCAGCAUCUACCGAAGACUGGUACGAAGAUAUUAAUAAGGACACCAGAAUCCGCAACCGGUCUGAAUCCUCGCGCAACAUGUCCUCUGCUGGGACCACUGCUUCCAUUUCAUCUAAUCGCAUUCUAACCGACGAAGACUUUAAAAAGAUUCGCAGGCUUCAAACACAGAAUGGUAGUCAUCAAUCUUUGCAUGGCAAACUUAAGGACCGAGAUGCACGUAACAAGCGGCGACAUGAUUUUAUUCAUGGAAUCUCGGCUGAUCUUUCGGCCGUAGACAUUGAGCAUUUUACAGAGAAGAAGCGAGAAACUGACAAACAGGAAAAAAUCGAGCGCGCUCAGGAGCUGCGCAAAGCAAGUUCAAAGUUUGAGAUUCAGAAGAAGACAAAGAGCAAGCUCAAUUCGACGCAUGGUGAGCACUCCAAGAGGGGUAAGUUGUUCCAGAUGACAAAGCGCUCACGGCGCGUGGCGACGAAACUCAAGAGCUCUAUUACAGAUCGCGCGCAACGCGCGAAGAGCAUGAAGAAAAAGGAUAUCAAAUUCCGUAUCAAACGAGGGUGGAAGGCAUAA